AGCGAGGGAGGUGUCGCAGGCAGGGCUAUAAAUGCUGCCUCAUCCUGCCCUUCCCAUCCUCGGCUGUUCCCUUUGAGCUGUUGGCUUGCUGCUGUUCCCUAUGGCAUCUCCCCUGGAGCAGGCGCUGGCCGUGAUGGUCUCCACCUUCCACAAGUACUCAGGCAAUGAGGGGGACAAGUACAAGCUCAGCAAGCAGGAGCUCAAGGAGAUGCUCACCAAGGAGCUGCCCAGCUUCAGUAGACAAACCAGUGAGGCCAGUUUACAGCAGCUCAUGGACCACCUGGACAGCAACAGUGACAGCCAAGUGGACUUCCAGGAGUAUGUGACCUUCCUGGCCUGCAUGGCCAUGAUGUGCAAUGACUUCUUCCAGGACUGCCCCGAUAAGAUGCCGCGUAGGAAGUGAGCAGGGAUGCUCCCGUUGUCUUCCUGAUGCUCUUGUAAUAAAGGAUGCUUUAAACCCAA